UUUUAAGACGCGCUGUAUGUUUAUUUCGACUCUGGUGGUGUUAAUUUAAGUGACCUCUGAUCAAAGCUCAACACCAAAAAAAAAAAAAAAAUGCAGUCGAAGGUGGUUAGGCAAUGUGGUACGAUUGAGCAUUGGUCCACCUCGAGGCACGCGAUCGGCAUUUACACAGCAAUUGCAAACUGUUGCCGAUAUGUGGUCUCCGACUCCCACCUAAGUUAUGACUCGGCACAGUCCCUUGUGGAAGUCGCGUUGGCCCGCAUGAUCGUCCGCAUGGCCGGGCUGAGGGUCGGCAUCACCAAGGAGCACACCAACCAGGCCAGCUUCGUCAGCGUGCCAUCCAUGGACCUGAGGGAUUUCAUCGAGUGGGAAACCGUCAAGGAGGGCAGCCAGGCGCAAUUUGACGCGCGCGUCCUGGACGUGACCAAGACCAGGCUCGAGCAGCUGUGGCAGGACGUCGCGACCCGCCCGCCGUGGAGGCUCCUCGUCGUCCAGAAUUGCACCAAGGAUUGGGGUCAGCUGAGGCUCGACAUGGUCUUUGUGACACACCACGCCCUCUCGGACGGGAAGAGCACCAUGGUAUUCCACACCGAAUUGCUGCGGGAGCUCAACUACUGCCCCACCGACAGCGGCUCUGGUCCGCCGGCCGAGUUGAAGAACCACGUCCUCAGCUUUGACAGGGCCCCCGUCCUCGCCCCGCCCCAGCAGGAGCUCGUAAAGUUCCGGAUAGGCUGGGUAUUCUUCCUCAAAACUCUUUGGCAAGAAUUCGCACCUUCUUGGCUCAAACCGACGCCGCCGGUUGAGCCAUGGACUGGGAAGGCCAUCACACUCGAGCCACACAAGCUCAACCUGCGUCUCAUUCCCAUCGAUAAAGAGGUCGUUCCGAAGCUCGUCACAGCAUGCAGGUCUCAUGGCGCCACAUUCACCGCAAUAAUCCACGUACUCGUUCUGAUUUCUGUCGCCAAGCGAGUCCCCGCUCAAGCUGCGGCUGCAUUUUCCAGCGACACACCGAUUUCUUUGAUACCUUGGGCGGAACUACCACCUGGUAGCGAGAUAGAAGAUAUCACAAGGGUACUCUCGGUUCUCACCACCAGCUCCAGCAAAGUAUGGGACGCAGAGACUGUCGCAGACCUGCGGCGCAGACUCAGCGAGCAAGACCAGGGCCUGGAGGAAGGCCUGAUGUGGCCCCUGGCGGCGACGUGGCGAGUCGAGAUGAAGAAGAAGCUCGCCUCACUGCCAAAUGACGACGUCUGCGGCCUGAUGGACUAUGUGACGGACUGGCAGAAGUGGUGGGAGGGCAAGAUCGGGAAACGGCGCGGCGCCACGUGGGAGGUUUCCAACAUCGGGCUCAUCAGUCCCGAAUCCGCCGGCCAUAGCAGCCUGGCGGUCUGGGAUAUUCGGAGGUCAUUCUUCACCCAGCCCGCCUUCCUCGCUGGCCCUGGGUUUGCGAUCAAUGUCACUGGGGUGGAAAGGGGCGAAGCCACCAUGACUCUGAACUGGCAAGGCGGUGUCAUUGAAGAUGCGAUGAUCGAUGGUGUAGUCGAGGAUUUGACCAGGUGGCUGGAGACGUUCCAGGUCAAUGGCAGCUUUGGCAUAGUCGAGAACAAGAAGUCAGUAUCUUGA